GACACAUCUUCAAGGACAAGGUGGUGCUAGAUGUGGGAUGCGGUACAUCCAUCCUGAGCAUGUAAUUUAUGAUCUUCCUGCCGCCUGUUUGCGGUGAAGGCUGGCGCAAAGCAUGUCAUUGGCGUGGACAUGUCAACCAUCAUCCUCAAGGCGCGGGAAAUCGUUGAAGCGAAUGGCAUGUCAGAUAAGAUUACGCUCUUGCAAGGAAAGAUGGAGGAGGUGCAGUUGCCGUUUCCAGAGGUCGAUAUCAUCAUUUCGGAGUGGAUGGGAUACUUCCUGCUGUACGAGAGUAUGCUCGAUACGGUAUUGUGGGCGCGAGACAAGUACUUGAGGAAAGAUGGCAAGGGUUUGAUCUUCCCGGACAAGGCGACCAUCUUCAUGGCGGGUAUUGAAGAUGGUGAUUACAAGGAUGAGAAGAUCGGCUUCUGGGACAACGUUUACGGCUUCGACUACACACCGCUUAAACGCACUGCGCUCACCGAACCUCUCGUGGACACAGUCGAACUCAAAGCCGUCGUCUCCGACCCCUGCGCUGUCCUAACCCUGGAUCUCUAUACUGUCACACCCGCCGACCUGGCCUUCUCCCUUCCGUUCACCCUGUCCAUCCGCCGGACCGACUAUAUACACGCCCUCAUCGCAUGGUUCGACAUCGAGUUCUCGGCCUGCCACAAGCCAGUCCGUUUCAGCACAGGCCCGCAUACGAAGUACACCCACUGGAAGCAGACGGUAUUCUACAUUGCCGACGUACUCACGGUGGAGGCGGGAGAGAACGUAAGUGGGAGAUUGAGUUGCAAACCCAACUCAAAGAACCGGCGGGACCUAGAUAUUGCGAUCGAUUACAAGGUGGAAACGGACGACCCUGGGAGGGUGGCGGCAGGGCAUUGCGAGUACAAGAUGUGCUAGUGCGCAGCCACUGCCGAAGACGACCAUUGUGGCGAUAAUGACUAACGACCAGUAGCAUAGCGUUUUGGGUCGCAGCUUUGGCUUCGCUG